GUCCUUCCCAAGAUUAUAAGUAUGCUUGUUGUCAAGUUCUCUCUCCCUUUAGAAUAGCCUGGCCCUGCUUUGCAUAGGAAAUGGGAAGCCGUUCAGAAGGUCCUGCUCACUUCAAGCAAAAGGCAGGAGAAGGGGAUCAUGCAAGCUCACCCCUGUCCCAUGAACAGAAAGGCUUUGAUAUGCUCUAUACAAUUGAAGAUGCACCUCCAUGGUACCUCUGCAUCCUGUUGGGAUUUCAGCAUUAUUUGACCUGUUUCAGUGGUACCAUCGCUGUUCCCUUCCUCCUUGCUGAAUCCCUGUGUGUAGGGAAAGACCAGUAUACCAUCAGUCAGCUCAUAGGCACCAUCUUCAGUUGCGUGGGAAUCACCACCCUCAUCCAAAGCACUGUGGGGAUUAGACUUCCUCUCUUUCAAGCCAGCGCACUGGCAUUCCUGGUUCCUGCCAAAUCCAUCUUGGCCCUGGAUAAAUGGAAAUGUCCUCCAGAAGAGGAGAUCUAUGGAAACUGGACAUUACCACUGAACACUGCUCACGUAUGGCAGCCAAGGAUAAGAGAAAUCCAAGGAGCAAUCAUUGUUUCCAGCUUGGUGGAAGUGGCAAUUGGGUUGAUGGGCCUCCCUGGGGCCUUGCUCAGCUACAUUGGCCCUCUCACCGUCACGCCCACAGUCUCCUUAAUAGGUCUCUCCGUGUUCCAAGCAGCAGGGGACAGAGCUGGAUCGCACUGGGGCAUUGCAGCACUGUCGAUAUUUUUAAUCGUUCUGUUUGCUCAGUACCUACGAAACGUGUCUUUACUCCUCCCUGGCUACAAAUGGGGAAAAGGGUGCACCGUGAUCCGUAUACAGAUCUUCAAGAUGUUUCCAAUCAUACUGGCCAUUUUGGUGGUCUGGCUGCUAUGUUACAUUCUGACAGUGACAGAUGUAUUUCCUCGUGAUGCGAAUGCCUAUGGAUACAAGGCAAGAACGGAUGCUAGAGGAGAAAUCAUGUCAAUUGCACCGUGGUUCCGUCUUCCCUAUCCUUGCCAGUGGGGAAUGCCCACAGUGACAGCUGCUGCUGUGCUGGGAAUGUUCAGUGCCACUUUGUCUGGGAUCAUUGAGUCCAUCGGGGAUUACUAUGCCUGCGCUAGGCUUGCAGGUGCUCCACCUCCACCUGUGCACGCAAUCAACAGGGGCAUUUUUACAGAGGGGAUCUCUUGUGUCAUUGCUGGAUUGCUGGGCACUGGCAAUGGUUCUACUUCCUCGAGUCCUAACAUUGGAGUCUUGGGCAUCACCAAGGUGGGCAGCAGGAAAGUGGUACAGUAUGGUGCUGGGAUCAUGCUUAUCUUAGGUACCAUUGGCAAGUUUACCGCUCUCUUUGCCUCCCUCCCUGACCCCAUCCUCGGAGGGAUGUUCUGCACCUUGUUUGGUAUGAUCACAGCAGUGGGGCUCUCCAAUCUGCAGUUUGUUGACAUGAACUCCUCCCGCAACCUUUUCGUCCUGGGCUUUGCAAUGUUUUUUGGACUCACCGUUCCAAACUACUUAGAUUCACAUCCAAAUGCUAUCAACACAGGCAUCGCUGAGGUGGACCAAAUAUUAAAAGUGCUGUUAACCACAGAAAUGUUUGUAGGAGGCAGCAUUGCAUUCAUAUUGGACAACACUAUUCCAGGGACUCAAGAGGAACGUGGUCUAGUACAGUGGAAAGCCGGAGCACAUGCUAACAGUGCCACAUCAGAAAAACUUAAGAGUUACGAUUUUCCAUUUGGGAUGGGUAUGAUUAGAAGGAUCCAGUGGUUGAAGUAUGUGCCGGUGUGCCCAGUUUUCAUGGGUUUUAACUUCAGAACAAAGAAGGACCCCAGUACAUCAGAACACACACCAAACGCAGCAGGUAUCACAGUCAUAAGCACGAAGGUUUGAAGAGAUUCCCAUAAAGCAUCAUAGGAGGUUGGAGAACCACCUUCGGUUGAAAGAGACUGCAUGAAGUUUCAGUGUAUUUACGUCCCAGUGGAGAUAUCUCAAGUAAAGUAGGAUCAAAGACAGAAUUACAUGGGAGGGGAUGUGUCAAAACUUCUUCUUCACAUUUUUCUCCAUUAAAAUAAAGUACUUAAAGGUGCAGGCAGAGCUCUCCUGUAAUCUGAGCAAUAUCAAGAUUCACUUAUUUACAGACAGUAUUUUUCCUCAUUUUGAAUUUUAUGGCUAUAGUAUGGGCUUACAAGAAAAAGGUGUACUUGGGCUAUGAUUUAAUGUACGGAGACCAUUAACAAACCUAUGUAUAUUCUCCAUUUUUUUUAAAAAAAAAUCUCAGUUAAGAUUAUGGAGUCAAGUCUAAUGACCUUGCAUUUGCUUUCAUUUUAUGUAAUUUUGCAAUUCACAUUUAAGUUACUUAAAUGUGAAUUAAGUAACUUAAGUUAAGUUAAGGGACCUUUUCCAGGAAGUAUUUAUGCAACAGAUGGAGGGUGGUCUUCAACUGCACUUUCAAGCUUUUCUUCUCAAAUAUGAAUUGAUCUUUUUUUUUUAAAAAAAAAAAGUCAAGUUGAAAUCCCUCAGGGCAUCAAAUUCUGCUUCACACACGUACAUAUAAAGUGCUGUGCACACUCAAAAAUACUAUACAGUGACUAGCAGGACUUUAUUGCUCGUAAAUGCAAGCUAACCAAGACCCCAACCCUAAAUCACAUUGCUACAAAAGCUUAACUGAGAAAUUAAGUGUUAAAAGUAUUUUCCUGGAUGCCCCAAUACAUUCUAACUUGCUAUAGAGUAUAUAUUUCGCUCCUUGG